CUCAGCUACACUUUCUGUCCCUCUCUCUCUCUCUCUACACACCUAUUUAUAUAUUCACGUCAUUUAAGCUGAACUACCCUCAUUCAAUCUAAGGACGAGCUUAAUGAAGGUAGCUUUUUUAUUUUAGCUUCACAUAUAAAAAGAGCAACCGAAAUCACCCAAAAUCUCCACCGGAAUUCUCUUGACAUUAUUAUCCAAUCCACACUCCUCAAAUCAAGGAAUCUAAAGCAGAUAAGUGGAAAUGGGGGUCAAUAUGUCCUGCCCAUUUUCUGAAGACAGUGAUUUUGAAACUGGCUUAGAAUCAGUCAUAGUUAAAUCCAUUAGUUUUGGAGAUGAGGAAGUAAAAACUCUGGUUCGAUCCAUCAGUUUCAAAAGCGAGGAUAUGGAACCAACAAUAUUGAAAUCCUUGGGUGCCGGAAAGAUGAUAAAGGAAGGAUCUGUUAGCUUUAAAGAAAGUGAAUUGGAAGUGAUGAUCUCCCGUUCAUCUUCUUUGACUGACAAAGAAAAGGAUGAAUCUAUUAAAUUAAUUACGAAAAAGAGUUUCAGAAUGGAAGACUAUUCUCCAAGAUCGGAUGAUUCUGCUGAAACAGUCCGACAAUUACCAGUUUUGGAUCCCUGUAAUACCAAAGAUCAAGCUGCAAUCAAAUUACAGAAAGUGUACAAAAGUUUCAGAACCAGAAGGAAGCUUGCAGAUUGUGCUGUGCUUGUUGAGAAAAGCUGGUGGAAGCUCUUAGAUUUUGCUGAACUCAAGCGGAGUUCUGUAUCGUUCUUUGAUAUUGAGAAACAUGAAACUGCCAUUUCUCGGUGGUCAAGAGCAAAAAACAGAGCUGCUAAGGUUGGAAAAGGUUUAUCAAAGAAUGACAAAGCUCGAAAACUUGCAUUACAACACUGGCUUGAAGCAAUAGAUCCAAGGCAUCGUUAUGGACAUAAUCUACGCUUCUAUUUUGAAAAAUGGCUUCUUAGCAAGAGUAGAGAACCCUUCUUUUACUGGCUAGAUAUAGGGGAAGGAAAGGAAGUAAAUCUUGUUGAAAAAUGUCCUCGGUCAAAGCUUCAGUCGCAGUGCAUCAAGUAUCUUGGACCUAUGGAAAGGAAGUCCUAUGAAGUUCAUAUAAAGGAUGGCAAAUUCUAUUACGAACAGACAGGAGAGAUCUUGCACACAUUUGAUGACGGCGAAGCUAAGUGGAUUUUCGUCCUUAGCACAUCAAAAACCUUGUAUGUUGGUAAAAAGAAGAAAGGGACAUUUCAGCAUUCCAGUUUCUUGGCUGGAGGAGCCACAAUGACUGCUGGGAGAUUAAUUGUCGAAAAUGGUGGGCUUAAGGCAGUUUGGCCUCACAGUGGUCAUUAUCGGCCUACAGAGGAAAAUUUUAAGGACUUCAUUUCAUUCCUUAAAGAGAACGAUGUUGAUAUCACAAAUGUCCAGAUGAGUCCAAUAGAUGAAGAAAUCUCACAUGAUAAACAAAGUUCCAGUUUACAUAUUAGGAACCACUCUUCUGAAGAGGACAUGACUCGGGUGUUUGAUGGAUUAGAGACUGAUGAGAUCAAUGCUGAAGAGUUGAGUGAAGAAAAAACCACUUCAGUGGAACAUACAACAUCUGCUUUAUCAGAACUACCCAAGUUGGGGAGGUUCAGCAAUUUUAGUAGAAAAUUGGUCAGUCUUGAAAUACCGAAAAAGAGCAAGCUGUUCGAGAGAGUAGAGAGUGACAAUCCAGCUGGUGAGCCGAGCGACAACAAAUUAUCAGCAGAGUCUCCAGUGGCUCAUUCACAUUUGAUGGAAAAAGCAGCUGCUGCUUCUGAACAGAACAACACGGAUGCAAAGCAAAACCAGUCAGACGAAUUGCAAAUAGAAGCGGUUCCUCAAGAAGCAAUUCUCCAAAGAAUUAAUUCACUCAAAGGAAUGAAGUCAUAUCAACUGGGGAAGCAAUUGUCUUUCAAAUGGACAACAGGAGCAGGACCGCGCAUAGGCUGUGUGAGGGACUAUCCAUCUGAGCUUCAAUUCCGAGCUCUGGAGAAGGUAAACUUGUCUCCAAGAAGUGCCACUUAUUUAAGAUCUAAGCUACGCUUUAACAACUUGGGUGGCGCAAGCUCACCGAUGGGUCCUGGUGGCAAACUUGAAGCAACUGUCAGUCUACCAGUGCCUGAAAAAGGAAACUUUUAACCAUAGCACCCAAACAUAUGUUAGUUUCACGUAGUAGAUGAUCAAAUUCUUUUCUGUGAAUAGAGAAGACAGGAAUUAUUUUAGUUCUUUUCAAUUACAAUACUGUAAACACUUUUCGUUCUGUUCAUUCACCUUAUGCAAGAUGUAACAAAACUUGAGGCUUGAUGCCCUUUCAAUACAAAAGAAAUCACCAUUAUUUCUUAUA